AAAGUAUCGCGAGAAUCUGCGCUUUCCAACCGCUUUCGCGAUAGUUUGAUAUCAUACGUCGAUCGCUGCUUGCAGCGCAGCAUGAAGUCUGUCGAACACGCUUCAGUUGCGGUGACGGAAUCAGGUCGUGCGUGAAAGCUGUUGACAUGGGAUGAUUCACACAAGCGACAAAGAUGAGUGAUGACAUUUUUGAGGUCCCUGAAGGGACUGAAUAUCGUUACUUGGUUCAGGACGAGGGACAGGAAGAGAUCCAGUACGUCCAACGCCACUAUUUCAGUCCAUUCCUGGUGAUAUCACGCAGGUGUAUGUUCCUCAUCGCCUGCGGCGUGCUGGCCCUCCUCGCCCUCGCCGGAUACCUUGCUUACAUGGCCGGGACCCUCCCGAGUCGGAGAUUCGUUGAGGUGGAGACGGAUUGUGGAUGGCUGCGUGGGCAAUGGAACGAUGGGGCGUAUUCUUUCAAGGGCAUCCCGUAUGCCGUGCCACCUGUUGGCCAAUACCGUUGGCGCCCCCCGAAGGACAUUCGGGAGGCGGGGAAGUGUUGGAGCGGCAUGUACGAUGCCACCCGGUUCCUCAGCACGUGCGCGCAAGUGGAGCCUUUACGUAAAUAUGGGAAAGUUAUGGGGCAAGAAGACUGUCUGCAUCUUAAUGUGUGGACGCCAAACCUUCAUCCAGCCAAACCCUUGCCCGUCAUGGUGUGGAUCCAUGGGGGGUACCUUCAAAUGAUGAGCGGCCAUGAAAGAGGUUACUCGCCCACCGAAGCGCUGGCGGCGCGCACGCAGACGGUGUUCGUCAGUAUGAAUUACAGGCUCAAUGCAUUUGGUUUCAUGGCCCUUGAGGUGCUGAGGGAAGGUUCUGCCACCAACUCUUCAGGAAAUUAUGGCUUCAUGGACCAGAUCCAAGCCCUUCGAUGGGUCCAGAGGAAUAUCCAUAACUUUGGUGGGGAUGCAGAAAGGGUUACCAUAUUUGGUCAAAGCUCAGGAGGUACAUCUGUUUGGACCCUGAUGAUGUCACCACUAGCCAAAGGACUGUUCCAUCGGGCCAUCGACAUGAGCGGUUCGUACAUUUAUAACGCCACCCUGGAAUCGGCCGAAAGAGACAACUUAAAAUUCAUGAAGAACACCGGCUGCAAGGAUGCCGGUUGCCUGAGAGCUCUGAACAUCACUCAAGUCCUUCAGGCAGUUCCGUGGCUGGAGUACCCGUCCUGGGCAGCUGAUGAUUCCACCGAUCUUCCAGUGAAGGGGAGAUUUGUUGGCCCGGUUGCUGUAGUUGAUGGCCAUGUUCUCCGUGAGCCUCCGUUUCAGUCAUGGGAGAAGAAGAAUGGAAUCUAUAAUGAUGUUCCUUUUGUGGUUGGCACUACAGAACAAGAAACUGACUUUAGUCCUCCUUACGAAAACAUCUCAACGUGGACUUGGGGCGACUAUCGGUGGUUUGUUACAGAGAAAUUGACUCUUUUUGGAGAGGCUGUGACCAGUCAGGCCCUGAAGCUGUAUGGUAGUUCAGCACCGUGCCCGACCUCUGACCGUUGUCCAGAGAGACUCUACACCACCAUGACCUCUGACAUGAGGGUCACCUGCCCCAAUAAUGACCUGGCUAAAAGAGCUGCAGGAGCUUUACAAAGCCCUGUGUACCGCUAUCUUGUGACUUACACGCCAUCGCGACAAGCGAACGCCUCCAGCUGGCUUCCGUUCCCCAGUCGCUUUUCCUUUCAUCUUCUGGACAGCCUGGCCUUCUUCGGGGGUCUUGAAAUGGUGAUGGGAACUCUGUCACCUGCUGAUAUUAACUUCCAGGAAGUGGUCACCAAGUAUUUUGUCCAUUUUGCUAAAGAAGGUAAGAUGCCAGAGGAGUGGCCUGAAUAUCCCUCACACACUGCAGUUCUGGGGCAGAACGUUUCCUUCACGAUGAGUUACUCUGGCCAGCGGUGUGACCUGUGGGAGGAGAACGGCUUCUACUCAUACGCCUGGAUGAACUGAACCACAUAAUCAUCUGAGUUAUUGACCUUCCUCUGUCUGUGUCACAUGAGCGAAGCUUGAUUGUAUGAUUAUGUUGAAUUAUUGAUACACUGUAAAAGACUUUUCUGAGCAGGGAACGCAUUUGCUUGCAGUUAUUUGCACCUUGAGGAAAAUACAUUCCCAUAGGAAAGGAAAGUGACAAAUGAGAUCUCUUUAAUAUGUAAACAUGAAAUUGUUUCUCCUAAACAGCAACAAGAUGAAAUGUAUCUUUCUAAUGGGGAAAAAAGACCCCGCUUAUCUCACAUGUGCAUCCUCUAGAGGAGAUCUCAAGAUCAAGGAUGACUCAAACUGGGCUCAGGUUUGCCAUUGUUGGAAAUGGAAAGAAAAAGUUGAUAUUUAAAGGGAUAGUUCACCCGAAGAAAACGUCAUUAUUUAUUUGCGCUCAUGUUUUUCAAAACCUGUAUGUGACUCUUUUGUUUUGUGAAACACAAAAUUAGAUAUUUUGAGAAAUGAAUCAGUAUUUUGGUGUCCAUACAUUGGAAGUCAAUGGGGGUCAAUGUUGUUUGGUUACCAACAUGCUUCGAAACAGCUUCUUUUGUGUUCUGCCGAAGAAAGAAACUCAUACAGAUGUGUAAUGACAUGAGGGUGAGAAGAUGCUGACAAAUAAGAUUUCCAUUGUCUCGUGAUCUAUAAAUAUUGUGAACAGUGAGAAUUAUAACGGAGACAGAAAUUGAACGAAAUCAACUUUAUUUAGGUUAUUCCUGGGUUGUUACACUAAUCAGCACUAUAACUAUUCAAUACUCCACUCUUAACAUAUGGGCACUUUGCCUCUAAACCUGUUACUCUUUAAUUGUUUCAUUAAGUAAAUGUAAAGCUUUAACACAAGAACAAAGGGACACAUUUAGCAUCCGCACUGGCACAUAAUGCAUCGCUCUGACCACCUCCUCUCAAUUUAACUACUAUACAAAUAACACUGGAGGACGGCUUACAUAUUGAUCUUUUGUUUGUAUGGUAAUGUCAUAGAUCCUCGCAAUUGAUGUAAUAACUAAAGGUGACUUUUAUGUGCAUUUAUUUAUCUGUGAUCAAAGGGUCUUUUAGGGAGUCUCUGGCAUCGAGACCAUUGAACGCUGUCAAGCUAAAUUUCAUCCUCGGUCAGUCGAUUCACAGUCUGUCAUCUAGCUCGGUUCUUAGGCUGAAGGGCUGAAUGAAGAGGUCACAGACUACUUCGCUCCUGAACAACAGCAUGAACGGUGUCUGUUGAAUAAGGACAUUAAAGCUAUGACCCACGGACACUUUUCUAAGGUUUGCCAGGCAAGGGUUCUGCUCGUUUCAUUUUUAUAAGGGUUUAAGGGUUAGCACCUGUAUCACUUUGUUCUCUGAAUUGAAGUUUCUGUACCACUCGUUUGUUUGCACUUUUAAUGUCAUGAAAUGAUUACGCAAGUCUUGAAUCAAAGAGUGUGGGGAUUUUAAUCUUUAUUCACACAUUUCUCAAAAGGUUCUUCUCAAAAGGCUACAAUAAAUAGCAUUUUAAUCCAG